UACUCGCUUUUCCCAGCAGGUAGAUUUGCACAUAGUUAUCGCUUUCGUGCUGAUCAUCCAGAUGUUUUCUGCAUAAAAACAAUAAUUUUGUCGAUCCAACCGGAGGAAAGGGAUACCGCCUUUUUUUUCAACAGACAUCAGGUAAUGAGCUCGCGGACAUUUCCAUCAGUUAAUUGGUUUUCACCACGUAAUAAUUUUCUUAUUCGCUACCUUUCACACUACGCUUUCACAUUCGGUUAAACAAAUGAAACCAUUUUCACAAACUCUUAAAUCAAGUUUCAAGUUUUUUAAAAUUAAUAUUCAUUUCAAACCAAGGUGCUUUUAUAAAUAAAAGAAGCUUAUGUUUGUAGUCAAUGGAAAUGUGAAUACUUGAAAACUUUUGUGUCAUGUCUGUGUUAAAACCUAUUCUUCAAAUCACUCCCCGCUUGUUUCCUUCAUCUGUAGAGGUGGUAUCCAAAAUGAUGAGACAUUAGUUACCGGAGGGUUCUUCGUGGAAGCUUAUUGAAUAUGCAGAAAAAUUAUCAUACAUAUGAAUUUUAAAGAUAUCUUGUUGAGCGAUAAAAAUGUUUGAUAAAAUCGUGCUGAUAACAGCCAGAGUUUUUACUGAGAACAUUCACAGCAAGGAUUCUUGUAGCAAACAGGACGAUCAGAAGAAAAAAUUCACUGAAAUACCAACAAUGGAGGUUUCAAGCUACACAAAUGCCACAGUACAAAAGCCGUCCCUAGUCAAUCACAACAGCGUCGACACUCAAACUGUAGCAGAGCUUGUUCCCGUCGCGCUACUGAUCAAGAUUGCAAAUGGCUUGGUGCUGGUUUUAUUUGCAAAGAAUACCAAGCUCCGAACAGCACCAAACUAUGUCCUUUUUAGCCUGGCCGUUUGUGACCUCGUGACAGGGAUCAUCAAUAUUCCUCUCUUUAUUAUUGUAUCGUUCACACCAGUUAUUAAGUCUUUUGAGGUUCGAUACUACAUGGCCAUCCUGGUGAGUGUGCUGAACAAUUUGACCGCCAUAUCAUCUUGCUAUCAUAUACUAGUCGCCACAACAGAGAAAUAUCUGUCGGUCAUUUGGCCAGUAACGCAUCGAUUGAUGACCAGAAAAUCAGUUUGUAAAGUGCUUGAAGUAGUUUGGGCAUUGUCUAUCAUUGUCGCCUCUAGUCCUUUUGCACUGCUAAGUAUUAGCGAUUUGAAGAUACAGGCGCGAUUGAGGCAGGGACAUGUCAUUUUUUGCCUCGUUGCCGUUUUCCUGUUGCCAUAUGCUUUCAUGAUCUACGCUUUUAUCGUCAUCUUUAAGGCAAUUUUUAAGCAGAGAAAACCGUCGGCGAACACUUUAUUGCUCUGGAAACCGGUAGUCUGUGAUCUUCGUCGACAAGCCGCCCUCGAGAAAAGGUGCUUGGUUCUGUUUGUCACCAUGGCCACAAUCUUUCUCCUUUGUUGGUUACCAUGGUAUAUCGUGAUGCUAUUAUACAAAAUAAUGAACGAUGUCGAGGAACUGGAAAUCCCAGCUCACGUGUUUAUUUUAGUUAGAUAUACUACCUCUAUUACAAACCCUAUUUUGUAUACUUUUUUUAGGCGAGAUUUUAAGACGGCACUGAAAUCGCUCUUUAAAAUCAAGCGAUUCAAGCGGCGCUCGAGAGCUAGCGAUGCAGAACCAAAUAGGACAUCGGCAUUUAGAAUGAACAAAUUGCAUUAGAGGUUCUUGUAGCGGUUCAAUCGCACGGCAAACACAUCGUCCGUAUUCACCAUUUUUAGUCAUGUGAUUGUAAAUAAAUAGCCUGCCUGACAAUUAUCAGUAGUGUAG